AUGAAGAUUUCUGCUGAAUUAUGGAGCUUCCUAGCCGCCAUUUUGGCGACUCUGACAUUCGCAGACAAAACUCCAGAUUUGAAAAUUAAUACUUUAACAAUCAACAACACGCCUGAUAAUCCGUACUUUGGGAAUUGGUCAUUUGAAAUAAGCGAAUCUGGUGAUAGAUUUUCAUUAUUAUUUCCAAUUAAACAAGAUUAUCCCGAGAAUAUGAUGUUUGGACUUGCUGCUGAAUUGAAUGGCCGUCAAGUUCUUUCCAUGGAAAUGUCGGUAUGUGACGGUUUGGAAGCUGGCUUAGCCAAUCAACGUAUGCUGGACCAUGUAUACCCUCCAGACACGGUUCAGCUUAGCUGUCCAGUAAAAGCGGCUGAUUACGAAUUGAGAGAUUAUUCAUUUUCGGCUGACAACUCACCAUUUCAAUUAGAAGCUGGAGAAUUGUUUGUCAAGCUUUUUUAUUUCGAGCCAGAUGGCGAGCCGAUUUUAACAAUUACCAUGGAAGGGUUGAUAAGUGAUAAAUAA